AUGUCGCGGGCGGCUCCCCGGGCGCCGCUGCUGCCGCCGCUGCUGCCGCUGCUGCUGGGGGGUCUGCUGCUGCGGGUGGGCCGGGGGAGCCCCGAGGCGGCGGCGGCGGCCGCGCUGCCCUCCUUGCUCAGCACCUCCUUCGUGCUCCGGGGCGACGCGGCGCACAACCAAGCCAUGGUGCACUGGACCGGCCACAACAGCAGCGUGAUUUUGAUCCUUACCAAGUAUUACCACACAGAUAUGGGCAAAGUAUUGGAAAGUUCUUUGUGGAGAUCCUCAGAUUUUGGGACGCUAUAUACCAAGUUGAAUCUGCAGCCUGGGAUUCCUACAGUUAUUGAAAAUUUCUACAUCUGCCCUACUAAUAAAAAAAAGAUAAUUCUUGUAAGUUCAUCCCAAAAUGACCGGGACCAGAGUCUUUUCAUUAGCACAGACGAAGGAGCUACUUUUCAAAAGCAGCCCAUUAAUUUCUUUGUGGAAACGUUGAUUUUUCAUCCCAAGCAGGAAGACAAAGUGCUUGCCUUCACUAAAGAGGAACAGCUCUAUGUAUCGAUUGACUUGGGGACCAAAUGGACUCUUCUUCAGGAUCAUGUAUCAAAAGAUCAUAUCUUUUGGUCUGUUGAUGGAUUUGACAAAGACCCUAAUUUGAUUCACAUGGAAAUCCAGGAUGCCGAUGGAGGCUUUCGCUACUUGGUCUGUCCUUUUCACAACUGCUCUGAUGGACAGCUGAGAGCCCCAUUCCUUGGCCGCAUCGACCGCAACUCCUUGACAGUGCAGGAUGACUACAUAUUCCUUCAGACAUCAUCAGCAAAUCAAACAAAAUACUAUGUGUCCUACCGUCGGAAUGAAUUUGUACAGAUGAAACUGCCAAAGUAUGCAUUACCCAAGGAUUUACAAAUUAUUAGCACUGAUGAGAGCCAGGUGUUUGUGGCUGUCCAGGAAUGGUAUCAGACAGACACAUACAACCUUUACCAGUCUGACGCUCAGGGUGUCUCCUACUCAAUCAUGCUGGAAAAUGUCCGGAGUACCAAGCAGCCCGAAGAGAACGUACUGAUAGAUAUUCUGGAGGUGAGAGGCGUAAAAGGAGUCUUUUUGGCCAAUCAAAAAAUUGAUGGGAAAGUGACCACUCUUAUAACAUUCAACAAAGGUCGUGAUUGGGAUUUCCUCAUUCCUCCAGCUGCUGAUAUGAAUGGUAAACCCACCCACUGCAAGCCACCUGAUUGCCACCUUCACCUCCAUCUCCGCUGGCCGGACAAUCCCUAUGUGUCAGGAAUGGUUCAUACCAAGGAUACAGCACCAGGACUCAUAAUGGGGGCAGGAAAUCUGGGUUCCCAGCUUGUUGAGUAUAAAGAAGAAAUGUACGUAACAUCUGAUUGUGGCAAAACUUGGAGACAGGUGUUUGAAGAGGAGCAUCACAUCUUGUACCUGGAUCACGGUGGAGUGAUUGUGGCCAUCAAGGACACUUCUAUUCCACUAAAAAUACUCAAGUUCAGCGUUGACGAAGGUCAAAAUUGGAGCACGCAUAACUUCACCAGUACUUCAGUUUUUGUGGACGGGCUCCUCAGCGAACCUGGUGAUGAGACAUUAGUCAUGACAGUCUUUGGCCACAUCAGUUACCGCUCAGACUGGGAGCUCGUGAAGGUAGACUUCCGGCCAUCUUUCCCCCGAGAAUGCACAGAUGAAGACUAUGAAUCAUGGGACCUGACAAAUCUGCAGGGUGACCGUUGCAUCAUGGGUCAGCAGAGGAGCUUUCGGAAGAGGAAGAGUUCGUCAUGGUGCAUUAAAGGGAGAAGCUUUAUGUCAGCACUCACUUCCACAGUUUGUGAGUGUCGCCAUUCUGAUUUCUUAUGUGAUUAUGGGUUUGAGCGUUCAUCACUGCUAAAAUCUGAGUCUAGCACAUGCUUUGCUGACUUUUGGUUUCACCCAGAAACUCCUCCUGAAGACUGUCUGUUAGGACAUGAAUACAGAAGCAGCACAGGGUAUCGCAAAGUUAUCUCUAACGUGUGUGAGGGCGGUGUGGAUCUGCAGCAAAACGUGUCUCGGCACGUGUGUCCAGCAACUGCUCCCCAAGGACUGCAGAUCAGCAUCAAGGGGGACAGCCUGGCAGUUAAGCCCGGAGAAAAUGUCACCUUCAUUGUUAAACAAGAUCAGGGAGAUAUUUUAAAUACAAAAUAUCAACUAGACCAUGGAGACGGCUUUAAGGCCACAUAUGUGAACCUCACGUUGGCAAAUGAGCCCAUUCAAUACCGCUAUGAGAAUCCCGGGGUUUACCGUGUCUCGGUGACAGCAGAAAAUGCAGCAGGCCAAGAGGAAGCUGUUGUGUUUGUUCAGGUUCACGCUCCAUUACAGGCUUUACAUCUAGAAGUCGUUCCCGUUGUUGGCAAAAAUCAGGAGGUGAACCUGACAGCUGUGACCCUCCCAUGGAACCCAAACUUCACACUAUUUUACUGGUGGAUUGGAAACAACCUUCAGCCAUACCUUUCCUUGGAGAGCUUUUUGGUGUCUAGUUUUACAGAGAUUGGGGAAGUUAGAGUGACCGUUCAGGCUUCCCGUGGGACUUCCAUGCUCCAGGAUUCCAAGGUUAUCCAAGUUUUGGAUCAUUUUCAGGUACUUCAUUUAAGGUUUUCCGAGUAUCUGGAUUUGUACAACCCGAACAUACCUGCUUGGCGGGAGGACAUCGGCCUUGUUGUAACACAACGGAUUGCAAAGGAAACCAGCAUACCUGAAGGAAGCCUUGUGACUGUGGUAAGGCCUGGGUUGCCCACCACAGCAGACUUGUAUGUGCUCCAGUCUCUGAACCACCCAAAGAGGAAAAGAACUGUAUCUAGCAAUAAGAGAAUAGCAGCAAUUAAGCAGUCCUUGGAGGCCCAAAACAUCAGUUUCUUCUUGAGAGAAGGACACUGGAUCUUGGUGACCUUGGACAGCUCUGAUUCAGAUUCUCAGAUUCUUGGAGGCGGCGGAGGAUAUUGGGCGAUCAUAGCCCUUUUUGUCAUCUCUCUGGUGGUUGUAGGCGCUAUCAUUCUAUACAAGUUUAAAAGGAAAUUGCCAGGCAGAAACGUCUAUGCUCAGAUGCAGAAUGAAAAAGAGCAGGAAAUGACCAGCCCUGUGAACCACAGGGAAGACACCCAAAAUAUCAUCCAAGGGGAGGAGUUCAUUGACGAUGACCUAGACUGUCAGACACUAGGAAAUGCAAGAGUGACUCCUUCUGGGAGAGGUGGAAACUUGACCAGCUACAGAGUACCUUUAUUGCUGAUGGCAGUCAGUGUCCAGUCCCAGGCAAUCUCACAGGCGUGGUUCUGAACAUUAAUUCCAGGGAGAUGCACAGUUACCUGGUUAGCUGAUGUGCACAACUGAAUUCGUAGAUGAGACUCUUCUUCCACUGGGUCCCUCCUUUUCCCUCUGAAGAUGUAACUAUGGGUGGGAAAGAAGAUUCUUAAAUUGGCUUGAAGACAGAUGCAGCUGUGUGUCUCUUGGAAAAGAGGGAGAUCAUAUACUUUGUGUUCAUGGCUGUUGACUCUUUUUUUUACACCUCAAACUAAGAUAGCAGAUCUGUAGCCCUAGACACACUUGCAGCCACCGUUUCUGUCUCCUCUGCCCUUUUAGUUCUCUGUCGACAUUUAAUC